AUUUUAGACCACUAUGAUGUUGUUAAAAUACUGAUCGACCGUGGUGCUGAUAUAAAUAUAAGAAAAUAUGACGGAUGGACACCAUUAAAUAUGGCCGCAAAAAAAGGUUAUCUGCAAAUUGUUGAACUGUUGCUUGGAAAGGGCGCAUUUGUUAAUAUUCAGACCUUUAGUGGUGAAACUCCAUUAUACCUCGCUGCAAUGGCAGGCCAUAAAAAUGUUGUUCAAUUAUUAAUCCAACGCGGUGCUAAUGUUACUAUAGUGGAAGACAAUGGAUGGUCACCACUGCACAGAGCGGUUGAGAAUGGUUUUGAGAAGAUUGUGAAAAUUUUGGUAGCAAAUAAAGCCGAUGCUUAUUCAAAAAAUCAUUACAACGCCUCACCUUGGAGUAUUGCUCAUAACAAAGGAAAUAAAAAAAUCAUUGAAUUACUUAGAAAAGCACCUCGCCUUGCAGACUUGGCCUGUCGAUCGCAAGGCGAAAUUGCAACACCACGUAUUAUUGGGGGUGAAGGAACGGAAGAUGGGGAAUUUCCCUGGAUGGCUGCGCUGUUCUAUCUCGACGGAAAUAAACUAGUUUAUAGAUGUGGCGGUUCCAUCAUUUCGAAUCAAUUUGUACUCACCGCAGCACAUUGCGUACGAAAAAUUGGAAUACCAAGAAAAGUUCGAGUGGGAUCGGCUUCUUUACUCGAUGAAAGUAAUGACACAAAUACUGCCGUCUGGCACGAUAUUCAGGAGAUCAUCGUUCAUCCCGAUUAUAAUGCCUCAACAAGGUGGAAUGAUAUUGCUUUGCUUAGAGUUGUCGGUAAUAUUAGAUUUAAUGAUCUUGUUUCGCCAGCGUGUUUAAAUACAAACUUAGGUGAUGUACCAUCAAGCCAGAAUCUCACUGUUACCGGUUGGGGUACAAAUGAUCCGAGAAGUGGAAUGAAGACUUCAAAAGAGUUGCUUAAAGUAAAUUUGACAUCAAUGCCACUAGAGGAAUGCAGAACAUUAUUAAAGAACGCAAAUAAUGGUGGGCAAGAUAAAACUCUUAAAAGUCGUUUUAUUAAUGGGCAGUAUUGCGCAUACGGCGGUGAAGGAAAAAGGAGUUGCCACGGUGAUAGUGGCGGCCCUCUGACAUACCUCAAAUCCAGUACAAGCACAAUAGUUGGUGUUGUCUCCGCCGGUUCAAACUGUUUGUUGGAUUUACCAGACAUUUACACCAGAGUCGCAUACUAUCUGGAUUGGAUUGAACCGAAAGUUUGGAAUAACUAAUAAAACUUUGAUUUCAACAUAAAUUGACAUAAAUUGAUGUAUAAAAAUGGUCGUCUAUGAAUAAAAUCUUUUU